UCCGGACCUAAAUAAUCGUUGCAAACGGAGCAGGCAUGGCGUCCUUCAACCAGAGGCAGUAGUGACAGACAUUUACUUGACAUUACUGCUGUAUUUAUUUUGAGUUUGUUAAUUUUAUAUAGUUGUCGUGAUCGUGAUCAAAAUGGCGACCCGGAGCGUUUGUGGAGUCCUCCAGCGCAGUGAGUAGCAUUAGUGUGUGAACUGGGCUGUUAAGGUGGAAUUACAUGAUGUAGUUUUAUUUGGACCACGAGUUUAUAACAGAUAUUAGUUUGUCUAAUGUUGGCUGUUUUAAAGACUGUCCUUGACAAAUAUGUGUUAUUAGAAAAGAGUGUGUAGAAAAGGGGAUGUUGUAGACUGAAACGCUCCCUUGCCCACUGUUCCUAUUAAUGCAGUAACGGUGGCCUUUGAGGGACAAGAAGCUCCUGUCUUUUAUGAUAAUUAUGAUCAUGUAUUUUCCGAAUUUGUACCAUUACAAUAUCUAUGAAUAUGAAGUAAUCUGAGCAAAAUGACAAUUAGUCUAGUCUUACUUUUCUACUCUUGUCAGAGAGGCUUUUAAUUUCAUUUAAUCUAUUCUUUAUUUCAUUCCUUUAAAAAUAAAAAGACACAAUUUAAUUUAAAUACAAACGUUCUCCUAUCUAGAAUGAAAGGGAGCAGAAAGAAGAAUAAUCUUAUUUUAUCUGCUCCUUUAUCCCAAGAAAUCAUUUACAAAGACCAAACUUAGAAUAAUAAGAUUUUUUUUAAAAAGCAACUGUAGCAAUAAACAAAACACAACAAAAAAAUAUAUAAAAUAAAAUAAAAAUAAAAAUAUAGCUGCUGGCCACCACAGACAGUCAUUUACCAUGUAGUUCAGAAAUACAACGUUCUAUCAAUUAAGUCCUGAAUCUUUAUUCAGGACUAAAUAAUAAAUAAAUGCAAAUUUUUUUGUUUUGUCAUAAGCAGACAUCCAUGCAAAAUAAUACAAUUAAAACAUUACACACAUCAGAUGGCGAACGGGGCAUUUUUCUGUAAAAUAAAAUAAGAAAAAAGCUUGUAAAAACAUGAAUGCAACGGCAUGAACAGAAAUAUAGUUGGCUAAACAACUGGAACGGUCUUCAAAAUAUUUGACAGUUGAUGUAUAAAUUAUUGUAUGGUUUCAGAGUCAGAAGAAACAGCGUCACAUUUGAGGUAGCUACCACCACCAUAAUAAGCUAGCCCCUUAAAUAGUCACCAGCUUACAUUUAGCACCUAUUUUUAUUAAAUUUUUGCAAGUUAAAUAUUAAUACUAUUAUAGAUCAAAUAUAUUUACCCCAUAAUAUUAUAAAAAACUUACUUGACUUUAUAUAGUCUGUGGAAUCAAAUGUCUUGUGCUUUGGGCUCAAAAGUGUAGCCUCCAGGGUUCAAGAAAUCAUCUGUGCAUGUGAUUGAGGAGUGUAUUUGCAUUAAAUCUGGUUGUUUUAGCCAAGAUUAUGCUAUAGUAUAUUUUUUCCCUAUAUUGAAGUUCCCCAUUGAGAGCCAACCUUCAAUUUUGUAAAUUUCAGAUUUAUUCACGUUAAUUCCCAUGGAAAGUUUCCAACUUUGAAAAUUCCCGGAAUUUUGCAACCCUAGAAAAGAAUAAAAAGAGGAGUAGAAGAUAAAUAAAAGCACUAGUCAUUGUGAUAAAACAUGAGUUAAAACGGUCGUAAACAAAUUUAAAAAAAUCAUAAAAACCAAUGUAAAACAAUGAAAUGAUUGAAUCAUUCAUUAAAAAUAGAAUAACCAGACAGAUGUUUACUCCUUAUUCGCAGCAAAAAACUAAUGCUUUUGCAAUCUAAUAACCUCUGUGUUGACCUUUUUUGCUGUGUUGCUGAUCUUUUCCCUCCUCCUGUUUCUACCUCUGCAGGAUUUGCGUCUGCUGCAGCAGCCGUGCGUCCACCGGCCGCUGAAGUCCGCAGCAAACGAAAUGCAGUCUUCUCCAGAGAGCAGGCGCGGCAGAGAGCUCUGUACCCCCGCAUUGAGAAGAUCGAGGUGAACAUGGAGGGCCCGGGGCUGGAUGGUACUCUGCUGAUCAUGAACAGAGGGAUGUCCACCCCGCUCAGCUGUGCCAGUCGUGAGUGAAACAGAACACGAGGAUGCAGAAAGAUAACUUUUAUUCAUCUUUGGUGGUCAUUUACCUGAAGUUUUAUAAAAUAUAGAGCUUGAGUCUUCUUUGUGUUCACCUCAGACCUGACAGAGCAUCAUGUGACCAACUCUGUGCUGGCCCUGGUGGACGGGGAGCUUUGGCCGCUCCAUCAGCCGCUCACCGCCUCUUGUUCUCUGAAGCUGCUCACAUUUAAAGACAGUGACCCCACGCUGGUCAAUCAGGUACUCUUUCAAAAUCAGUCUACGUUUACUCUGCUGGAUUUCAGGAAGUUUUGGAAAUAACAUUUUUAGGACUUCAGUGUAACUCGCAGUAGACGCAUUAAUAAACCACGAGAGCAGCUUGGUGAGUCACUGUGUGUUCUUGUUCCCUCUGUCAGGCUUAUUGGCGAUCCUGCGCCGCCUUGCUCGGUCAAGUUCUUGAGACGGCGUUCAAGGACGAUUUCAACGUGGAGCUGCUGAGUACUCCAGAAGUACCAGGUAGGAAAGAGUCUCUUUAUUUGUCUUGAUUUACCUCGACCUGCUGUCAGAUGCUUUAUGAGUUUAUGUCUGCUCAAUAAAUCAGAGAAGGUGCUCAACUUCUUUGCCAGGAAAGCUCAAAUUACACGCAGCAGUGUCUGGUUUCAAAUCAAGCAGAAUUGAACAGGUUGUGUUUUAAUUUCAGUAUCAUAUCAUGUUUUCUGUGCAGUCUUAUUCAGAGUAAUUCUAUGUUGGUCUUUAGUUAAAAGUUCGUAUGUGUUUAUCUGCAGUCACUUCAGGAGCUUUCUGCUGUGAUGUGGUGCUGGAUCCUCAGCUGGACUCAUGGACGCCCUCUGAGGUUUGUGUUUUAGUUUGUGGUGAAAUAUGCCACUGCACACAUUAGGGCCUGUGUCCACUUACAGUAUUUUUUUGUACUGGCAGUGCCUGUUUUCAACACAUAACUAGUGCAGCCAGGUGUUUUUACGGUCAGAGUGCAAAAAAAAUGUCCUCAGUUUUUGCAGUUUGAGAAAAGUCAAGAAGGCGCUGCCGUUCUCUUUUUGUUAACUCCUGAAAAAACACAAAAAAUAGAUUUGAUCCAUGAAUUCCUUUGAGUUAAAGAAAGUAUAAAAGAUGCAGAGAAACUCAGUGCUGCGGAAUAACAUUUGCAUCUUAGAAACCCAGCAGGAUUGAAGUUGUUUGUGCUACCAGUGCAAAAUAUAUUUGUUGUGGACACAGGCCCUUAAUAAAUGUUGUAAGAGGACACAGACCCUCACUUGCCUGUCAGUAUCUGGUUUCAAAAUAAAAUGAUUUUACGCUGCAUAUAGAUGCCCUUUUUCAUGAUCUAGUGAAUGUGAAUCUUUGAGGAUGCACAUGUAUCUUCAUAUUUAGCUGUCUUUCCCAUAUUUUGUCUUUUCACUGAUCCUUUUCUGGCCGAAGUUUGUGUCACCUGUAACUCUCUCUGUUACUGAUGCAAGAUGAGAAUUUUAGGCACUAAAGCUCAGCAAAACCCCUGACUUUCAGCUGAUUUAAUAUUUCUUUUUAAAGUCAUAUUUCACCCAAAAUGAAUCUUUGUACUAUCAGAUAGAAAACUUAUGUUAUCUCUUAAAAAGGGGACUGUAAAAAGUUGUUUGUUUAGGUUUAUUUACUUGAACCAAAUUCCAAAAAAUUAAAGAAAAAUGGUGACGAUGAACUACAUGUACAUAUGAGGUAGAAACCCAAGGAGUAGUCAGUUGAAGUCAUUAGUUAGUAGUUCGUUUUAUGGUUGGGUUUACUUGAACUCAUGCUUGUAUAUUAUUCCCACAUGUGAUCCUCUGUGUUUGCUAAAGAGCUGUCUUUCUGCUGUUUUUCUCUCCAGGAGUCGUUGCGAUCACUAACCAGAGGAGCCCAGCAGCUGAUCCAUCAGGACUUGGCCUGGGAGCCCUUGGAGGUGACACCCCCUGUAGCCCUGGAGGUUUUUUCACACAGCAGGUAGACACACUUCUGCCUCACUCAGUCGUACCCACCACCACCGCACUUUUCUUCCCCUUUUUUAUCUCUUGUUAUGUUCACUUCUUUGCUUCUCUCCUUGCAUUGCCCCCUCUCGUGUGCUGAUGAUUGUAAUUGCUCUUUUCUGUCUCUCAGGUGCAAACAGGAGGAGGUUGAAGAGAAAGCAGAAAAUAGUCCUAGAGGCACAGUGAUGCUCUACAGGUGAGUUUUUAAUCUCACACUGUCACUCAAAUCCUCAUUAAUCAUGUCCCACCAAACCUGUUAUCUUAAACCUUAUAGAUGUGGAGACCAUGUGCUGCUGAGUGGGGGCCCUCUAGUGGCCAGAACAGGGCUGUGCUUCCAGUACGAGGUGACGGCCAUCCACAACCUGGGACAGGGACCCUUGGGCCUCCUCCGCAGAGCUCAGGGCCUCUCUCUGCCUCUUCAGCUGCAGGUAGGGAGGUUUCUUGAUUGACAACACUGAGUUGAAUUUAAUGAAUUUAACUUCACCUUUGAACUUUUUGUUGCAUUUGAAAUUUGAUGGUAUCCGACUCCCUAAAAAACUAAAUUUAUCUUAGACUCACUGAGAGACUUUGCUCAGAUACUGAACCUGUAACUGUUUUGAUUUAUUUAACUUACAUUUAAAGGUACAUACCACUGUUAGAGGUUAUCCAUCUGAGUUUCAUUUAAAAAGAUCAAAGCUGAGUAGGUGUUAGUUUCUUCACACGACAGGUCCGAAUAAAUGUCUUAAUUUAAGGUUUAAAGGCGAAAACAAGACCUGAAUGCUUUGAAUUAGCAGUAAUUGAUAUAAAAAAACAAAUGCUCAUGUAAAGUAUCUUAAAUUGAGAUGUCAGUUUUUUAUUUCAAGAAGGUGAAGAGGUAAUUUUUAUAUAUCCCAUUGGUAUGUUUUACCCAUCACAAGCAUUUUAGGUCUUGAAUUAAGAGGUUCACCUGGACCUGUCUGGUGAAUCUGUCUUUUAUCGGGUCUAAUAAGUCCCUGUGAAUCGGUCAGAGGCAGAUCACAUCUCACAGAUAUUAAAAAUACUUCAGGCUGAGCGAAUCGGCUGUGCAGUUAGCGUUCAGGUUGAGAAUAAGAGAUGAUAAUAGAAAAAGUUACACAGCUGCAUAAGAACUGCACAUUGCUGAAUAAAAUGGAACAUUUAAUCUUGUAGGAGACCCUCCAAGAAAAGCCUGUGUCUUAUUUACAGGUGUAACUUAUACUCUAGACUUUUACCACAAGUUGAUGUUUGCAGUUCCACCUCUUUUCUUGUCAGGUAGCUUCUUUAAACCAAAAUAUUCUCUCUUCUGAAUCAGGAAGUCAGGUGUAUUUGCCUGGAUGCAUGAAACUGAUGCAAUAGAAUACAGAUCAGCUAUUGAUACCAGUACAUGGCACAUGAUUGACUUACUAAUACUUAGGGGUUGGAGAAAAAUCUAUUCACAUAAGUAUCGCGAUUUUUUGUAUUGCAGUUUUUAAACCAUUUUUUUGUUCAAAAAUUGAUUUUUUUUUUUUUUUCAAAUUUAGGAAUAAAUCUAAAAAAUUGCCUUACAUGUGAUGUGUAUUUUUCGGGUAAAUAUGGAAUAGUCAGUGGACAAUCAUCAUCAUUCAACUUUUUCACUGGUGUUAAAAAUGCAGAUUAAAAACCGAGAAAAUCAACAACAUCCUAGAAUUGCAAUUUAAGUCGAAUCGGCAUCCAAAAAAACGUAGAAGAAACGAAUUGGGAGAAAAGCACAUCGUCUCAGCCCUACUCAUAUUUACACCCCUGAAACUAUGGAGGCAGACCUGCAACUCCUGUGCUCGAAGGUGUAAAAUUUUUGUGUUUAUGGAGUGUGAUUGUCUGCUUCACCCAUAAACUGUAUGUAGAAUGGACAGCUUCUGACAUCACAAGCAGGUGGGAGAAAAAUGUAUGUUCUGUGUAAUAAAUUUCUAAAGUCUGUCCACAGUCCCAUAAGUUUUGCUGGCAGAGGCGGGAUUUAUGACCUAUACUGCAGACUCUGUCCAUUCUAAAUACAAUCUAUGGUUUCACCCUGUAGAUGGUGUCUGGGGAGGGCAGAACCUUUCAAAAUAAGAGUCUGAGUAAUCAGGCAGAUGUUUGUUCUAGCCUAUAAUGACCGCCUCUUUCCUCUAAAAUGAUGCCGAUUGGUUCAGUCUGACUCUGAUCAAGAACUCAUACAUCAGCUUUGCAGGAUGGAUCAUCCUGGUGUCAGACAUGAAAUCUGGCCGAUCACAUCUGCUUUGCUGCAACAUCUGUUUCUGGUCUAGAAAGCAAUUUAUUCUUUAACAAAGAAACUAUUUCUGUUCUUAGAAGCCAAGUAAAAGCAAAAACAGACACUUUAGUCGACGCUCUGGUGCGAUUUCCUUGUAAGUGAAGUUGCAGCUCAUUUUAUGAAGCUGAAGUAAAACCAAAACCUGCUCGAACCAGCUGGUAUUUAGAGCCCAGUGAUGUAGAAAUCAAAGGAAUCCCUCUUUAGUCGUCUGCAGUGUUUUCCCCUGAGUAUUCAGCUGUUGUUGCCAUGAGACAGAUAAUAUAUGAUAUUUAUUUGUUCUUCAAAGACCAGAGCCUCGCCUGUAAAAUAAAGCAGACAGUGAAAGUAUUUGUCAGAGUCUCCAUGUGCCUGUUAGUCACGUUGUCUUCUUCUCUGCAGGCUCACCACACAGUCUGGAGGAAACUGAGGCAGCGGGCAGAGAAACUGGUAAGAACAACAAGUAUCUCUGCUUUCCAACCUCACACAGUCGUCCAACAGCAGGGACAUCAAAGCUGCAGCUCGGGGCCAGCUCAGAGAAGGAGAGCUCUCUGCGUUUUGGGGGCAGCGGUCUGGUCUACACGCCGGGUACUGGAGCCAGCUCGCUCCCCGGCUGCAGCAGCAGCAGCAGCAUCACUUCAGAUUUCACAGAGUAGCCAGAGGAUGAGAUUUAACGCGUCUAUUUUUAUUGCUUUGCAUUUAUAUUUCGCUGCUAAACAGGGAGAGGAGAGCGAGCGCGAGGAAAGCAGAUCUCAUCCUCAUCACGAAGGACAAACUUCUGUUUUCUGAGCUGACAUCAAAGACGCCAAAGAUCCAAGCAGAAGUAUUUUUAAAUCUCUCCAGGUUCAUUGAAGGAUGUUUGUGCAUCAUGACACUCGCAAAGUUGAAUCAUUUCCCUCUGAGCGUAAGAAGUUUGACUGCAGCGCUGAAAGAGAAGCAUGAAUUCUUCAAAUGAAAACUAGGCUGCGAGUUAAUUUUGGAUGGAGCCAGUUAGUUUUUGCCGCAGCUUCUCUGGCUUUCUCUGUGCAUCGCUGAUUGCAUAAUGAUGAAGAAAAAAAAAAAGUUGCACUCAUUAAUAGGCACACUCGAUUUGGCAGCUGAUGACAUACUGUGCUCUGUGGCCUACAUUUAUUUCCACAGAUUCAGUUAUUCAGAGGUUUUAAAAAAAAAGAGGCUUUAUUACCGACAAAAGUCUGGACGUCUGAGCUGGAUCUGCUCUGAAAUUGGAGAAAAUCUGGAUCACGUCUUUUGGAGGUUUUACAAGCUGAGAAUUGGCAUGCAGAGCAGCUGCAGGACGUCAUUUAUGAUCUUAGAGGACACUUUUCUAUAUAAUAAAUGAUGCACUGAUGUUUGUGUGUGGAUGCAGCACGUAUAGAGAGCAGGCGUCGUGUCCUCAUUGUCCUGUGUUAACGGCGCAUCACUGCAACUAAUCAACAGAGGAGCUAUAAACUGAAUCAAAGCCCAGGACGUCUCUGAAGGGCUUUUAGUGUGUGAAGGAACAAGAAGUUUAAUGCACAUAUCACUCCUCAACAGCCACUCUGAGAACAUUUAAGACCUCAUGGAUUCGUCUUUUAAAACAAACAAAAAGCCGCUUUAGUUUCUCCUCUUGUGUUUCUUCUCCACAAACCAAACUUCACAACAGUCUCCCUUUAAAAACCGUGAAUUAACUCACUUUAAUCGAUGCAGUCGAGUGUUUCAGCUGCGUCAUUGUACACAAAAAACAAUGCAGAACAGAACAGCAUGGUGCUCUGUAGACUGAGAGUAUCCUCAGAGGACUCCUCCCUCUCCAAAACAAACAAAGGCAGUAAUUAAAACGCUGAAUAAAGCAGCUUCAUAUAGAAAAUCUGCGUCUCUCGGAUGAUUUUUAACCACAGGUGGAUCCAAUGCGAACUUAAUAACUUCGGCUUUUCUCUGACUAUCCGCUCCAGAUCUGAGUAUUUGAUCCAGCUGUCACUGUUGUUGAAAUCCUGCUUUUGGUUUCGAUGGUGUGACUCAGUUAUCUGUAAGUCAGGGGAUUAAAUUAGCACUUCUGAGCAGCCUAAGUCAGACGAACCGUUGGCUGAAGCCAGAAAAAAAGAAACUCCGUGCUGCUGCAGAUUUCAGUCCUCACGGUGUAAACUCAGUCUAGUUUUAUGAUUGAAAUGAUGAAUUUUGACUCCAUGAAUGUAAAGUUUAAAAUGCACAUCAGGUCAAUACCAUCCCUGGAUGUCUUUGGCUUCAUUUGUAUGAUUUACUCUGAUUUUAGGCCCUGAGUGGAAACAUAAUCAACAAUGGUGCCACAGGGACCCUUACGCUUCGUGAUCCCUAAUUUCAGACUCUGUCUGAGACGCUCCACUGUCCCUUUAAUCCAGAGCCCAGCAUUCUGAAUGUAACCGGCGAUGUCUAGACCAAGGGUAACCGGUUGUGUCUGAGUCAGCGUUGUGUGUGUGUAUGUUUGAAGUAAAGACUCAGACAUGGAUUUCUCUGGAGGCGGUCUCCAUUUAUAUUUUUAUUUUAGUGUAAAACACAAAAAUCCUCCGGUCAGUGACCUCAACAAACAUGCCCCCUAUCCCACGGAGAUCACUAACAAAAAGGGAAGAGAAUUUGCGCAAAAAUGCCAUUUAUAGAGGGCAGUGUUACACCACAAUGUGCCCAUAGGGGUACAACCUUAAACCUAGGUUCCAUAUAAGGAAUAUAUUUAUUUGGAUUAGAUAGAUUAGAUUAGCACACUUCUUGUAAUUUACCUUGUCAAAUUUGUGUUUAUUUUAUUUAUAGAUAUAUUUUGAUUUUAUUUUUUCACUCUAUUGCUCUUAUCUUGUUGUUUUGUGCCGCUGUUCUUACUUUAUAAAGUGACCUUGAGUGUUUAAAAAGGUGCUUUAAAAUAAAAUGUAUUAUUAUCAAUAUUAUUCAAUAUAGAUUUAUAUAGAUUCAAGAUCAAGAGGAUGACUGACCUCUAAAAAUUCCAAAAAAUAAGAAAUACAAAGAGAUGUGCUCAUAACAUAGUCUUCAUAUGGGUUUUUAUGGAUGAUGUAAAGGGAUUGUCCAAUUUUGAGUCUUAGUUUUCUCUAGUGAAACCAUUUUCUGUUGCCAUGGUAUCAAAUUUUGCAGGUAUAGUAACAAAGUGCAUAACUCUAGUAUUGUUCAAACUCUACUCUUCACAGUACGUUUUAUAUUAUCAAACAAGUGACUGAAAACGGGUGAAAAUGAGACCAAAGCUGGUUUAAAGUUGGUCUGCAGUGUCGGAUGGUGUUGUAGAUUAUAUUUAAAGAUAAACAUUUGUGUUUUUUUCUCCACCUUCUGUUGACGCUGUUGCACAGACUCUGCAGAAAUGGGUCGAAAAAGAGCAGCGAGGCGUGGGCGUGCAUUUUGUGAGCCGGCUGCAGGCGGCAGGGAAGCAUCUCCCCUGUCUGCCUCCAGCUGGCGCUCCAAACACGACCUCCCACGCUCCAACCAGAUGCCCCCACAACCCUCUAACUUCUCCGUACAAAUGUGCUUUUUCUUCUUCCAACCUUUGAAGAAAUAUCUCAAAUGAUUGCGAACGUUUGUUUUUCGUUUUUUUGCACAGGUUGAGGUGCCGCCGGUUGAAACGGAGAAUCCACCAUCUCUUCCUGACUCAACUCCACCAUCUUCUCCUGACUCAGCUCCACCUCUGACCAGCCAGUAACAUCCUCUGUGUAACCUUUCACACACUCAUACACACUUCAAUAUGUACCAGACUGUAAUAUUUGUUCAAUAAAUGUGUAAAAAGAUGCCACAAA